AUGAUUAGUAUAGAAGAUUUGUACGGAGUUUUAUGUGCAGUAGUUCCUUUGUAUGUCACCAUGUUCUUAGCUUAUGCCUCUGUGAAAUGGUGGAACAUAUUCACUCCAGACCAAUGUUCAGGCAUCAACAGGUUCGUUGCUUACUUUGCAGUCCCACUCCUCUCCAUGGAGUUCAUUUCAAGGAUAAAUCCAUACAAAAUGGACCUUCUCUUCAUGGCUGCUGAUGGGGUUUCCAAAGUCUUGAUCUUGUUGAUCUUGCUUUGUUGGGCUAAGUUCUCAAGAAGAGGAAGCUUGGAAUGGGCCAUCACUCUUUUCUCUCUAUCCACUCUCCCCAACACCCUUGUGAUGGGGAUCCCACUGCUAAAAUCCAUGUAUGGGGAUGAUAAGGAGGGCCUUAUGAUCCAAGUUGUGGUGCUACAGUGCAUAAUCUGGUACACUUUACUAUUGCUUUUGUUUGAAUACAGGGAAGCAAGACUAGCUGUCUUGAAGAACUUCAAGGGGAGUAGCAGCAGCAGUAGUUUUAGUAACAGUGCGAGGAGCAAGGGGAGUUCCAAGGGAACUGGAGAAGUACUUGGAAGCUGUGGAAAUAAUGCAGAUGAAGUAGUUAAUGUUAUUGCCUCAACACCUACAAACCAAGAGAUUACUGAAAACGUCAACAGCAAGGUUGCACCGGAUUCCCAGAGGUUUACAUCAAUGGUAGCAGCUGCGGUGGAUGGAGAUGGUAAAGAGAUCCAUCUAUUCAUUUGGCGAUGUGUAUGUUGCACUUCUCAAGGUUUCUGUGAGCAGUCACUGCAAGUUUUUCGAAAACAAGAAAGCAAGAAAAAGGGACUAGAAUGUGACAAAACGGAGGGUGUAGAGAACGAUACUGCUCCAACAUCUUCCUUAUCAUCAGUUAUGCUCCUGAAAAUUCUGAAAACAGUGUGGCAUAAGCUAGUGAGGAAUCCCAACUCCUAUGCAAGCUUAAUAGGAUUAGGCUGGGCGUUAGUCUCUUGCAGAUAUGGAAUAGAGAAGCCCCAAAUAGUGGACAAUUCAGUAACAAUCUUGUCAAAGGCAGGUCUUGGAAUGGCCAUGUUUAGCCUUGGACUGUUCAUGGCCCUGCAACCAAGAAUCAUAGCCUGUGGAAACAGAAUGGCUAUUUAUGGGAUGCUUGCUAGGUUUUUAGCUGGUCCUGCAGUAAUGGCAGUAGCUUCCAUUGGAGUAGGCCUGAGAGGGACCGUGUUAAAACUAUCCAUCGUACAAGCAGCCUUGCCGCAAGGAAUUGUCCCUUUUGUAUUUGCUAGAGAAUAUAAUCUGCAUCCAGAUGUGUUAAGCACUGCGGUGAUAUUUGGAAUGAUAGUGUCUCUGCCCGUCACAAUACUAUACUACAUUGUUCUUGGUCUCUGA